GGCAGUGGCGCUGGGGUAUCUGUCGUGGGCGGUGCGGGCGGGCAGUCGGUUGGCGCCGUUGGUGCGCGGCGGGGCGGGGAUACUGUACGGGGCGGCGGCGGUGUUGACGGUGGGGAUUGUACCGUGGACGAUCGUGGGGAUGUCUGCUACGAAUGGGAAGUUGUUGGAGGUUGCUGAUGGGAAGGGGAAGGGGAGGGAGAAGGAGGUGGAAGGGUUGUUGGAGAGGUGGAGGGUGUUGAAUGCGGUGCGGGCUGCGUUGCCUUUGUUAGGGGGGGUGGUCGGGUUCUGGGCAUCGUUGCCUUGAUCUAUAUUAACUUUGCUCUGUCACUAAUAAAUUGGGCUGUUCUUUGUAUCCUAUCCAGGAGAAAGUGGUGUUGUGGAAAUGAGUGUUACCUCGGUGCGAUCGGCAUAAUCGGCGAUGAAAUGCCAAGCACCGGUGCUUUUCAGUCAGAAAUCAGGAAUACGAAUCGCCCGAAUCAGCCUGUGGGAAGAACUAGUAUAUAUAUAGCAGCGCUAAGUGUACUAAGUGUAAGGCUGGUUCCUCCACUACCUUAUAUAUCACUCGCACGUUCCUUAUUCUCCGUCUCAAUUGAUCUAUCAUACAAUCAUAACUUCUAUGCACGAAUAUCAACCGACACCAUGAGCGUCAGCGAUACUGAGAGUAUCCGAGGAAACCAAUUCCAAACCACCCAAACCUUCCCCCUCGCCCACCCUCCCCCUCCCAAAUCCCAAACCACCCACCGUCUGCGACUCACCCCGCGACGACUCCUCCAACUGCAACAACUGUCCUCCCGAAACACCACCACCAUCAACACCCCCGCCCUCAUCCCCGUCCUCGACCUCUUCCGCCCCGCCCGCCUCUCCAAACCCGUCCUCCCCACCGGUCGCAAAGUCCGCGGUCAAGAUCUCUACUUAGCACAGAAUGAGGGUUUCUCGGGUCUCUCUUUUUCAUCCGACAGUAACAGCCACGCGAAGCGGAAAGCGGCAGGACGGUCGAAAUUGAGUCGUUCGCUGUCGCGCUCGUUAUCCACGAAACCAACCAGUGGAAAGAGCAAGAACAAGAACAAGAACAAGAAAAAAGACACAGAAACAAAUGGAACCGAACCGGCGAUCGCUCGACCAGGCCCAGAAGUAAUAGUCAGCGUACUCCACCGCGGGCCGAACCAGUCCCAGUCCCAGAAAAAGAAGAGCAAGAACAAGGACAAAUCCCCCAAACAAUCCCCCCUAGAAGAGAACGGCAAAGAAGAAAAAGAAAAAGAAGAGAUCACCUUCCCUCUAGACGGUACAACCUGGACCGCCUCGCGCUCCCCAGACGGCUCCAGAUACCGCUUCGAGAUGCGGCCCACCUCAGAACACCACCACACGUCUAUCGCGCUGGAGUGGGAGAGACGGCUUCCCAAGAAUGCCUCCUCGGCUGGGUCGAGCCCUGCUGGUUCUACUACCGGGAAUGCGAAUGGUACUACCAGUGAUGCGAAUAAUAAAAGUCGGUUUGUAUUAUGUAUCGCGGAAUCAGGCAUGCGCAAACCCUGGCUGGCGACGUUAACAGCGAAAGGCGUGCGCAUCGGGUCCUGGGAUCGCGCGCAGCGGGAGAGACUCUGUGGGUGUGUUGGGUGGAGGGAGGAGGAGGCGGAUGCGGGGUUCUACACGCUUGUUUUGACGCUGGGGGUGUGGGUGGGUGUUGCGGAGGGGUGGGUUUCUUAUUAG